AUGGGUGAAAUGGUACGAGAAGAGAUUUUGAGGAGAGUUAAAAAAGCAGAAGUAUUUUCAAUAAUUAUAGACACAACUACUGAUGUUUCAAACUUGGAGCAGUUUUCAUUAGUCCUACGUUUUGUUAAUGAAGAAGGUCAAACUGAAGAGAGACUUGUUGCUAUGAAAGAAGUCCCUGAUUCCACAGGAUUUAAAUAUAAUUUAGAUUGGACAACAAAACUAUGUGCUCAAUCUUACGAUGGGGCUGCAUCAAUGCAAGGACAAUAUUUUGGUCCUCGAUCUUAUGUCCAAGAGAAAAACCCAAAUGCUAUUUAUAUUUGGUGUUUUGCACAUAUCUUAAAUUUAGUUGUUGUGGAUACAUGUGAUAAAUAUUCAAAUAUUAGAAAUUUCUUUGGAGAUGUUCAACAAUUGAUCACAUAUAUGAGGGCAAAAAAACGAACAGCCAUAUUCCUAGAGCAACAAAUUAAAUGCUAUCCUUCUGAAAGGCCAUGUAGAAUGAAAAACUUCUCUACCACCCGUUGGACUUCUCAUGAUCGUGCAUUAUCAGCAAUUACUAUGGUGGAUGUUUGUGCUAAAAAAUUAUCUGAAUUAAGAAAUGAGCAGAGCCUUAAUGAUUUAAUUACAAAAACAAAAUAUUUUGUUAAUGAAAUUGGUUUAGUUGAAUGUGAGUUGCCAAAUAUACGUAGCCGUCGCAGGAAACUGUUGCCUGGAGAAAUUGUUUCUGAUAAAGUUAUUACAAAUCCUUAUGAAAAAUUUAAAAUUGAAGUUUAUUAUGUAGUAUUGGAUCAAGUAAAUACUUCUAUUAUAAGUAGAUUUGAAGGUGCACGAGAUAUAUUGUCUAACUUGUCAUUAUUGACUUUUGAUCGGUUAAAGGCAACUAGAGAAGGAACUGAAAUUCCUCAAGAUAAUUUUAUUGCGUUUAUGAAUUGGAUUCCUAAUUUAACUCUUGAUAAUUUAAAAAUGGAAUAUACCAUAUUUGCGAGUAGUUUUAUUAACUUAUACAAUGGUAUACAUUUUUCCAGUAUUAACUCAAAUAAGGAUCUGAUCAUUGAUAGCGAAAAUGAAACUAAAUAUGAUUCUGACUCAUCUAAUGAAAUAGACAGUAAUGAAGAAACUUAA